AUGGAGAACGGAAAGAUGGCCGAUAUGGCACUCGACUUACCUACGCCCAGCACUUUCACACAGAUUAGCCCGGUGCUUACCUUUACGAUCCUCCUGACGUUCCUGCCGCUGUCGCUACGACUAUACCUCGAUUACCUAGCCUACCUCGCCUUGGGCCCCGGAGGAACGCCCGCUUCGCUACAAGGGUUUCUGAAAGUCAAGCUGUUGGGCCUCUUCGCAUUGCGUGAUCCAUACUCGCCAAGGGACCGAACGCAGCAUGGAGGCUAUCUGCACAUCGGAUCCAAGGGUCUGCGCAAGCGACGUGGCCCGAGACCGGUGGUGAAAGGAAUCGCGCCUCAGAGGCAGACCACCCAGAAGGCUCCGCAGGCCAUGUUCCAGCGUCUGGCGUCCGAGAUCGAGCGUAUGGCUGCAGCAGACGACACGUUGAGCAUUGGAACUUCCUGCUUCGAGAAACACGGUACCGGCCUUUUCUUAGCUUCCACCUCACCGUCGCGGACCGGAGACCUUAUCGCCCAUACAACGCAUCGGUGUAAGCACGAAAUCGUCCACGCUCACGCGUCCGAUGGUUCGCUGCACCUUACUCUACACCCGGCGGACUCGAGAGCCGUGCUGGAAGCGGGCUGGGGAGAACGACAUCCCCUCUCGCGCGGCGGAAGGUUUGAGAGGUUCGUGCCGGUGGAUUUUGUGAUGAUUUAUGCGCCAAGAGAUAGCGAAGAGGUGGAGAUGGUUUUGAGGAUCAUUUCGGGUGCGCGGUGGUUUGUCGGAGGGAAGACUGGGCCUGUAGAACUAGAGGGGAAGGAUGGAGAGGAUGGGAUGGGGAGGAAAGAUAGUGGGGCUGUCGUGGUGCCGGAGGAUGCCAGCCUUGCCGCGUUGAUUAAUGCCGCAGAAGUCGAUAAGGGAGGAUCACAUGUUGUACGGGUUCAAGAGGAUUUGGGUGUGGGAGACGACGUUGGCUCGCGUGCCCAUUUUACCUCGUCGAACGCGUGA